AUGAAUGAAAAUAAUAGCAAUGAGGAUUUACAAGAAAUUCUAUCCAAAAAGCAGCUUCAGCAACAAAAAAUAAAUAAAUCUAAAGAAGAAUAUAAUCAUGAAGAUUUACAAGAAACGCCACUUAAUAAGCAACAGUAUCAGCUACAAAAAGAAAUACAAAGAUAUGAAAAAUUACAAGAAAUUCCACUUAAGAAGCGACUUCAACAAAAAAAGAAUAAACACCAAAAUGACGAUAGUGAUGAAAAUUUGCAAAAAAUUUUACCAAAAAAGCAAAAACAGGAACAUGACUCUUCAUUAAUUAAUAAAUUUGAUAAUGAACGUCAUUCUGGAAGAUUGUCAACGAAACUUCAAAAAA